GUCUCUCUUACAUCAUCUCCAUCUCACACUCCAAGAUCUCUUCUCUCUUCUCCUCUCCCUUGGAUCUUUCCCGCCCCUGGUGCCCCCUUCUUGGCAACGCCCUCCUGCUCAUCCUCUUGUCAUUCUUCGCGCCCGUGCCUCUUGUCGGCUGACGAGCCCGAACCCGUAUGUACCUUGCACCGUGUACUUGCUCACUCGCUGGGUUGGUAAGCUAGUGCGCGAACCGAGAGGUUGGCAUCUCUGCCCCCAUAUGGAUUGUGGGUGUGCUCGAGGCAGGAUGCGUGUGGUAUAAAGAUGCCCACUCGCACAUACAUGAACGCGUUAUUGCCACCAUACUAGCUGCUGCUAAGAUGAUCUGCUAUAUCCUCUGCAUCCUCUUCGCCGCCCGCGCAGCCGUGGCCGCGACCGCGACCGCAUCGACCUCGUUCUCGGUCCCGACCUACACCAACCCCGUGCGCUGGUCCUCGCAGAAAUACAACGUGGGCGCAAUGUCCCGCGCGAUCUCCGUCAAAGGCAAGGAAGAGUACGGCGCGCUCGUGGACCCGAGCAACACGUACCAGAUCUACCGCGACGGCGGCGGCAGCUGCACGCUCAACAACCGCACGUUCUUUGUCUUUGACGACACGACAGCGUACACGUCCGCCACCUCCGGCAAGCUCGCGGGGUUUGCGUCGAAUAGCAUGGGGAUGGUGCGCGACUUUGAUGAUCCGACCGCGCUGUACGAUUACACAAUGUCAAACUCGGUCGGCUACUUCCAGCCGAUCCCGAUGUCGACCGCCGAGGCGACCGCGUCCAAGAAGACGUCGACGCGGUACGCGUUCUGGACCUACACCAACUGCGUGCAGCUCUCGGAGACGUCGGCGGCGCAUUUCUUCCACGUCAAGAAAUACAGCUCGAGCUCGUCGUCGUACGUGCUCGGCAACACCGUCGCAAAGUACCAGAUCGACAGCACGAGCAACAUCAUGGGCGUCAAGCGCUGGACGCAGCUCGCGUUUGCAAACACAACUUACGCGUACGGCUCGUUCGCGAGCAUGGUCGUCAACCACGUCGUCUACCUCUACGCGCUCGACUCGAAAUACUCCUCCAGCUACGACGUGCACGUCGCUUCCGUCCCCGCCGACGACUUCUGGGACUCCUCCGCGUACAAGUACUGGGACGCCAGCACCUCGACCUGGUCCUCGGACCAGCCCGUGCCUACCGCGCGCCGAAAAUCCAGCGCCGUGAUCCAAGGCACGAUGCCGUUCUCCUCCGGCACCGUCUUCUACUCCGAAUUCCACAACCAGUACCUGCUCAUCUUCUUCAACGGCUGGGUGGAUAGCAAGUUCCGCGUCAUCACGGCCCCGACGCCGCUCGGGCCCUGGAACGUCACAAACACGGUGAUUUGGGAAACGAGCCCGGGAAAGAGCUAUAAUUAUGGCGGGGUUGCGCAUCCGGUCUUUGGAGCGCAGGAGGGCGCGACGAUCGGGCAGAAGGUGAGAGUGCAUUUCUCGUAUCAGGAUAAGAAUGGGACUACUUAUCCGAAGGUGGGAAGGAUUACUUUUAAGUAGCUGUGGUUGUUUGUGAUGUAC